AUGGCUGGGCUUCCGGAAAACUGGGAGUGGGAUUACGAUGGCAACCGCUGGUUCUAUCGCUAUAAGCCCACGGGAUUGAUUCAGUACACCUUCCCCAAGCCUGGCGAUGAGUUCCCCGAGUUCGUCGAUGACAGUGCGCCGCCCCCCGACCUUGCGCCCGAAGAAAAGCUCGUCAGCCAGCAGCAAAUCAAGAGGAGAAGCACCCUAGGCCAAAUUCCGACGAGACAGUCGACCGCAACCACCCACAGAGAACGGGCGUCUUCAAAUGCCGUUUCCGACCCGGACGAUGGCAGUGGCCCUUUCUGGCUUCAGCCGGACGGCCUCAUGUACAUGGGACCCGGGGCCUACACCGACAUCAGUCCCCUACAAGAGGAAGAGGAAGAGCGUGGAGAGGAAAGCGCCAAAGCGGGUGAGGAGGACGUUGCCGGAGCACCAGUGCCUGCUCCUCCUACGAGUGUCUCGAAUGCCACGGAGUCUGCAGGUACACCGCAACCGACUCGCUCGCAGAUGUCACCAAUUGUGAGCACAGAAACCACUCCCCAAGUGCUAAACAGCAAUCCAGCAACUACGACUCCUGAGCUAGACAGCGCGGUAAUCAUCGAGGUCGGCGAGAGUGUCGCAGGCGACAUAGGAGUCGUGGAACAGCCUGAAGUUCACCUUCUCGACGGCCGCCAGGUGCCAUCUAACCCCAUUGGCUUCGUUGCCGAACUUGCCAGCGAGUUGACAGCUCGGUGUGACGACGAGAUCAACCCGGCCCCUGUCGAACUACCCGGCAAUGAACAGAUGAUGUAUACAUCGGACCCUGGUGUCUACGUCAAUGCCUUCGACUUGGCUCCGGUCGAGCUUCCCUCUGACGAGAGCGCUGCCGGACCGAAGAUAGCAGGCGGGACAGUCGAGCAGAAGCCCCUUGUCCCUCAUGCCUCUGGGCAGGGACAGGGCGAAGUACAGCGGCUAAGAUCGUAUCAAGCAGCCCAGGAGCUGCUCAAGAGGCCAUAUGAGCCUGUUCGGCAACACUCAUUGCCGCAGCCAACGAGCUCCGCCAACCCCGGCCCAACGCCCGGGCAAUAUCAGCCAUAUAAUCCGGUGAGGCAUGCCGUGCUCGGUGCUGCCGCCGCGAACAAAUACUCAAUAGCCGAAACGCAGCACCGCCAGCUGGCUGGCGACAAUAAGAGGCAUUCUCUGGCCGGGCCAGUGCUGUCCCAGCCCCGGCCAACGGAGAUCCCCCCCGCAUUGCAGGCACCUCAAGUGCCUCCGAAACGACCUGUGGAUCCCUCUGAUAUUCCCCCCGCAUUACAGGCACCUCAAGUGCCUUCAAAACGACCUCUCGAUGGCCCUGACAAUGGCGCGUACCCUACGAUCGUCGGCGCCGGAGGACUCCCUAACACCGUCUCCAGUCUGGCCACUUCAACAAAUCCUAGCAGUCUUGCGCACUUCCCAGCCGUUCUCCAACCCGCCCGGGGGCGUCCCAUCAUGCGCGCCCAGUCUCCUCCGCUGACUCAAAGGGCUAGCCCGGCUCGGACCUAUCAACCGUACAAGUCAUACCGCGACCUGCAGAAGGACAUCGACGACACCGUACAGCUUCUCUCGCAAACCGAAUACGGCCAAGGGACUACUGCAAACCCCGAGACGUCAAAUCCCUUAAGACCUCAGGUUUCCAGAACAGGCACUCUGCCGGCCCAUAUUUCUGCGCUCCCGUUCAGGACUGCUCGCCCAAAGCUCCUACACUCAGCGGCAAGCGACCCGGUCACCAUGCGAAAUGUGCAAUCCCGCCAACCGCCUCCUGGUGAGGCCAGUGCAAGCAAACCACCCGGACAAGACGAGGUUGUGCCCAUAUCCCAGGAGUACUCGGCUCCUCUUCCGCCCUCAAGCCCGGAUAUACCUCAACCGUUGAAGCUCUCUCGCAAGUCGCUCCCGCCUCAAAACCGUGUACCGACCGUUGCGUCUUUUAGUCUCCCGGUGACAGCCGACCCAGUUUCAACUUUUAUGGAUGCCACACCGGCACCGUCAAACACUCCCGUUCUGGAUACCCCGGCGAAUAGCACGUCCAGUCCUGAAGCGGCUAUGCACUUGGGAAGCUCAGGUGUUACUGGCAAUACCGGAGGUGAUGCCGAGCAAGUUGGAGAUACGGGUAACCGAAAGCUGCCGACCGCCUCUAGUCCGCCUCACCAGGGUGUCGAGCUGAAACGCACAAAAGACACCGAUCAGAUAGUUACAUCCACCGGGCAGCAACAGGCCACCAUGCAAGGACCUCCUGAGCAACCAGUUGCGAGCGGAUUCACCGUCAGUGCUGAACCCGCCGCUCUGCCUGCUCCUCACGCCGCCGCAUCACGUCAACAUGUUCCUGUCACGUUUGAUACCAGCAGCCAACCAGCUCCGUCAGCGUCUUCUGUCGUGGAAAGUACCGACGAGCCGCCCAUCGCGACAGACUCACGAAUUGCACCCGUCCUGUCGAAUGCUACGCCUACUUCUCAAUCGGUCACUUACCCGUUGGUAUCAUUAACCGACCGGCAAGGAGCUGAAGCCAACCAGGAGCCAGCACGUUCAACUCCUGUGGUGGUCGUACAGCGGACCAGCCAAUCAGUAUCCUCUCGGGCCGGCUUCGUGAACCCUGAUGUUGUCCAGAGCUCAUCCCAUGUCGUCAUUGAUUACCAACCCAUGGUCGAAUCCUCUCGCCAGUCAUCGUCACAGCCGAGCCCAACGCCGCCAAAUGAUCAGUCUGCACGAGCCGAAGUCGCGCCCUUACUGGGCACUUCGUCUGCUCCGUCCCCGGCCUUGGGCGACAAGUCUUGCUCGAGCGAGCCGGCGAACGAUGUAGACCAGGCCGUGACUCCUCCCCAGCCCGACCCAGAGCAAUGCGGCCGACGCCCAACCGGCAGGGGAAUCGACCCAACAACGGCUUCCUCAACCGUCCCCGCAAAACCCAGACCUCGGCCAGGGCCAGACCAUACCGAAUUUGUCGCCGCCUUUCGCCCAGCAGGUCCGACGGGGAACCGAGUCAUCUGCUACAUCCACCUCUAA